AUGGCUGUGGCGAAGAGGACGGGGAAAAGAUUAGGUGAACGCGUUACAUAUUUUCGCAUCACAGAAUGGAAAAAGGAAAGCUCAGCCAAGGAUUUCGCGGAGGCUUGCAUCCCUCAAGUCACCGAUCUAACCGUUAAUCCUUCCCUGUGCGACCGUGGACUCGACGAAAAAGGUCAACUGCGGACGCCGGUGAAUGACAAUGGGCGGAAGCAAACAUGCCGCCCUCACCCUCAUUCACCAAACAUUCAUCCUCACGUGUUCGAAGAUGAAUGUUUACGCGGAAGGUGGAUUAUCGGGUUAUCGCAAAGAGAUUCCUGA